CAGGAAGUCCCUCCCCUUCACAAACUCUCUUCUGAGGAAACGAAACUGAUCUGAGUCUCUGUGUCGUCUGUCUGUGUGAGAGUGAACAACCGUCCAAAUGGCUCAGCAGGGAGUUCUGCUGGACCAGGACCAGUUCUGUUGUUCUGUCUGUCUGGAUCUACUGAAGGAGCCAGUGGCUAUUCCCUGUGGACACAGUUACUGUAGGAGCUGUAUUGAGGGCUGCUGGGAUCAGGAUGUUCUGAAAGGGGUCUAUAGCUGUCCUCAGUGCAGAGAGACCUUCACUCCAAGGCCUACUCUGAGGAAAAAUAACAUGUUGGCUGAGCUGGUGGAGAAACUGAAGAAGACAGGACUCCAGGCUGCUCCCCCUCCUGCUCUGUGCUAUGCUGGACCUGGAGAUGUGGCGUGUGAUUUCUGCACUGGGACCAGGAAGCAGGAAGCCCUCAUGUCCUGUCUGGCGUGUCUGGCCUCUUACUGUGAGACUCACCUCCAACCUCACUAUGAAUGUCCUGCUUUGAAGAAGCACAAGCUGGUCAAAGCCACCGCACAACUACAGGAGAAGAUCUGCUCUCAUCAUGACAAACUGCUGGAGGUUUACUGUCGUACCGAUCAGCAGUGUAUCUGUCUGAUGUGUACAAUGGAUGAACAUAAAGGCCAUGAUACAGUGUCAGCUGCAGCAGAGAGGACGGAGAAACAGAGGCAGCUGGGGAUGAGUCAGCAGAAGGUCCAGCAGAGAUUCCAGGAGAGAGAGAAGGAGCUGAAGGAGCUCCAACAGGCUGUGGAGUCUUUCAAGCGCUCUGCACAGGCAGCAGUGGAGGACAGUGAUCAGAUCUUUACUGAGCUGAUCCGCUCCAUUGAGAGAAGGAGCUCUGAGGUGAAGGAGCUGAUCAGAGCCCAAGAGAAGGCUCAAGUGAGUCAAGCUGAAGGACUCCUGGAGCAACUGAAGCAGGAGAUAGCUGAGCUGAGGAAGAGAAGCACUGAGCUGGAGCAGCUCUCACACACAGAGGAUCACAUCCAUUUCCUCCAGAGUUAUCAGUCUCUCUCCAGUAUCAGUGUAUCUUCAGACUUACCCAGCAUCGUUGUCCGUCCUCUUCAGUACUUUGGAGAUGUGAGUAAGACUGUGUCUGAACUGAGAGAGAAACUAGAAGACUUCCUUAAAGGAGAAUGGACCAAGAUCUCCACUACAGUGAAUAUAGUGGAUGUUGUACUGCCUCCAGAGCCCAAGACCAGAGAACAGUUGUUACAAUAUUCCUGUCAGCUCACACUGGACCCAAACACAGCAAACACACACCUCUCUCUGUCUGAAGGGAACAGAAAGGUGACCUAUACAGGCCAAGUCCAACCAUAUCCUGACCAUCCAGACAGAUUCACCAACAACUACUGGCAGGUUCUGUGUAGAGAGGGUCUGUCUGGACGCUGUUACUGGGAGGUGGAGUGGACUGGGGUGUAUGUUUUUACAGCAGUCUCAUAUAAAGACAUCAGCAGAACAGGGACAGGUGGUGCAUUUGGAUACAAUAACAAGUCCUGGAGUUUACAGUACUCUAGAGGUGAUUAUUGUUUCAGACACAAUAAUGUUGGGACUAAAGUAUCAGGCCCUCAGUCCUCCAGAGUAGGAGUGUACCUGGAUCACAAGGCAGGUACUCUGUCCUUCUACAGUGUCUCUGACACAAUGACCCUCCUCCACAGAGUCCAGACCACAUUCACUCAGACCCUCUAUCCUGGGUUUAGGCUCAAUGGUACUGCUGAGCUGGUUAAACUGUAGUAGGGUCCACAUAGAUACUAGUCAUGCUGGUGUAGUCUAUAGCUGAGCUGGUUAAACUGUAGUAGGGUCCACAUAGA